AUGGAUAACAACGCUUCUGGGAACCUCACCUCCGCAGCUAGCCCGGGUUCUGUGGACGAACUGAUAAUUACUUGCACGUUUGGUACCAUGUUAUCCCUCAUGUAUGUAAUUGGUGUCUCUGGUAACGUCUAUAUCUUGGUGUUAAUGUGCCAUUCCAUCCGUUUCGCAGUCUCCAUGCACAUCUCUAUUAUCAACCUGGCCAUCGCAGACCUGCUCUACCUGUCCACUAUCCCCUUCAUCGUCUGCACUUACUUUCUCAAAGACUGGUACUUUGGGGACAUCGGCUGCAGGAUUUUAUUUAGCUUGGACUUGUUGACCAUGCACGCCAGCAUUUUCACGUUGACUGUGAUGUGCACAGAGCGCUACCUGGCCGUCACCAAACCCCUAGACACAGUCAAAAGGUCCAAGAGCUACCGGAAAGGCAUGGCUGGGGCAGUGUGGUUUAUCUCCUUGCUGCUUACAUUGCCCAUGAUGAUAAUGGUGAACCUGGAAGAGAAACGAAGAGGCACCGGGGUUAAAAGAAUGUGCGCGCCGACCUGGGGUCCCGAAGCGUACAAAGUCUACCUGACAGUUCUCUUCAGCACUAGCAUUAUGGCGCCCGGCUUUAUCAUCGGCUAUCUGUACACCAAACUCGCCCGGACUUACCUCGAGUCCCAGAGAAACACACUGACCAAGAAAGGCAAUAACAAGCGUUCCCCUAAGCAGAAAGUGUUAAUUAUGAUUUUCACUAUAGUUCUGGUGUUUUGGGCUUGCUUUCUCCCGUUUUGGAUUUGGCAGUUAGUGCGUCUGUAUCACAGACCGCUCAAGUUGGCCUCUCACACGCAGACCUGCAUUAACUACCUGGUCACCUGCCUGACCUACAGCAACAGCUGUAUUAACCCCUUCCUUUAUACGCUUCUGACCAAGAACUAUAGGGAAUACCUGAAGAAUAGGCACCGCAGUUUCUACCGGUACACAUCCUCGUUCAAGCGGGGGACCCCGAGCCUACAGUCCUCCUGGGGUAAAUCUGUGUCCUCCAGCAACCAGUUUGACUACCCGUCCGAGUCCCUGGUGAUGGGACAGCUCAAAGUGCAGAGGUGAGCGCCGCCGAGGGGGAGAGGAGAACGGCUUUACA